GACAGUUAUGUGGGCGGGAGAUACGAAUGUCCCCAUUUGGCCAACUCGUCAUGAGAUGCUAACGGAAGAGGGGAAGCAAUGAAUCACACGGUGAACAUCAAAGAAAUGAUGAGUAUGCCAGCAGCAGGAAGCAGUACAGUGCUGUAUAUUGACAGAAGUGCAGCUGCCAACGGAGGCACCAACUUCACAGAUUCCCAGUUUUUCUUCGGCUCUCAAUUUUGGCGAGAAAAUUCGCAGGGCUUGUCUCAGGAAAUGAGUUUGUCCUCCAGGAACUCCCAGCAAAGUUCAAUAGAGGAAAGUGACCCAAAGUGUUUGACCAGUUAUCGGUCCAAACCCCUUCUGUUUGGCGACCCGAAGGACAAACACAAAGCGUUUGGACUUCUCGAUACGUUUGAGGAGGAGAAGAAAAAAGCAAAAGAAAAAAAUGACAGUAAUAUGCUUGCAAAGGAAUGUCUGCACAUUCGAGAAACCCUGAACAAAAUCCAGCAACUAAUUGUGGGCACGGAAGAAAACGCUUCUGAACGUGAAACGAUACUCCAAAAGUUAAGCAAUUUGUCCUCAGCAUUGCAAAACGUAAGCAGCAUCCAGAACGACAUUUCGAAGCAGUUUGAAGCUUUAUUGAACACUGUGAACUCACACAAAGAGAUGAUGAUAGAGUUGGGAGAGCGGGUGCAGAAGAAUGAAGUCACCAGCAUACAACUUGGCUCAAAUAUGCAAAGUGAUGUGGAGCAUCUGAGAAAGGAGCAGGAAAAAACCCGUUUGAAUCAUGAAAGCAUGCUUGAGGAGGCCCUGCAGCUGCUCAAUACUUUGGUUUCUGAGCAUUCAGCCAAGCUCUGUCCUGGAAAUGUGACUGACACGGCCAUGCAGACGUCACCAGGACAGGAGAACGGGAUUGAAACGGCACAGGAUUCCCAUACAUCGCAAGUUCCUGCUGCGGAUUUGGGAAUAAGGAAAGCCACAUCGAGAGUUUCCAGAAAGCGCAAAAAAAAGAGAGCUCUGGUGCCUCCCCAGAGAUCCAAUCUCACCGUCUCUGAUGAAAACAGUCAACCUCUCGUCAACGGUAGCAAACGGCGAAACCUGUCGAGGCCUCGCUGCGCCUCCUCUGGCGUAAACCAGGUAAGCAGUCGCAGUUUAUAUCAGCCAAACACAAAAGGCAGAUCAACUGAAGCUGCAGGAUGUUUCAUCACACCUCUCAGCUGUUGGUCUCAGGAGAGCAACAACUCUGACAUCCUCAAAGAUGUCAAGCCUAUCUUAGAGAAGGCGAAUACUGAGCCCAAUGCAGGGGCCGUCAUGACUCCUGAUGCUCUCUGGCGUUUGUUUGACAUGGAUUAUAACUGAGAUAAAUGUUUUUUGUUUUUACCUUUUUGCAUUGACGUUAUUGGGUUUGAGAAGAAUCUCGGCUGAAGAAGAAGCAAUGCAUGCAAGACAGAGUUCUUGUUCAUCUGCUCAAGUUUGAAUUUAACUUACUGUCUUUAACCUAUUCUGUACUUGCCAGUUGAAAAUAAACUAUAACCCGCUUGAA